AUGAUCAACCGAAUAUCAAUAAUUUAUGCGGAACGGCAAGCUAGACGACGACCAGUCCAAAAUGAAGCAAUACAAUCAGACAAUGAAAUCGAAUCCGCUCCAGAACCCGAAGGAGAGGCCAAGACGGAAUUUGAGCCGGCGGAAAAACAACGUCACUUUGGAAUUCUCCAAUACACUAUGAACAAUCGAUUCCGAAAAAUUAUGUUAAUCGGUUUGGCCAAUGUGCUUCUUAUUGUCGCUUUCUUCCUAUUCAUGUUCUUCUUUGUGGUAAAAGUUAAAUGUGCAGAGCCGGAAGCCACCACGACACUACCUCCCAGUACUACAACUAUGAUGCAGGGGAGUACGACUCCUGCGGGACCGCCCUUAAAAUAUACUUGCACUGAUGGAUUCGAAUUAGUUUUCGGGAAAUGCUGGCAGAUUAACAUUGAUCUACCUGGCCACCAAGAAGCGGAGCGAAUUUGUAACACACGUGGCUCCACACUUUUCACCAUCAAAAGUGAACUUGAGGAUCAAGCAUUCCGAAACUGGAUGAACCACCGCCAUCAUAGAAGUUGGAUGGGGCUGACAUGCGACGGGCCAGACAAUACCACCUGCGUCUGGGAUGACGGAGAGAAGUGGCCGUUUAGUUACGUGGCUUUUGAGGAUGGGUCUCCUGCAAAUGAUUGUUGUUUCCAGUACAACAUUUCCGGGGUACUUGGAAAACAAUGGACAUGUGAUAAUUGUGGUCUGGCACUAUCAUAUGUUUGUGAGCUCCCACAAACUAUUGCAGCAAACUGUACCAAUAACUUUAACAUGCAUUGCUACAACUAUUACAGUCAGCCGAUGUCUCUCACAGACGCACAGGAUUACUGUAGAGAUCAAAACGGAAACUUGUUGUCUAUUCAGUCGAGACCUGAGAAUAUUUUUGUGCAAGCCAUCCAGGAAAUCAAUAACGAUUAUAUCUGGCUGGGAGGUGUGUCUAAAGAUUCAAUACCAAGUAUCGUAGAGGAGAGGACUAUAGUAGAGGUGGCUAAUGGGGUGUCAAGACCAGAUUUUGAGCCAAUGGAAAGACAACGCCACUUCGGAAUCCUCCGUUACAACAUGAAUAACAGAUUCCACAAAGUUAUGCUAAUCGGCUUAAUGAAUGUGGUUCUAAUCGUUAUUUUCUUCCUUUUCAUGUUCUUUUUCGUCGUCAAAAUCAAGUGUAGUGGUGGUGAAGGCUACGCUACAGUACCCCCCACGGAGCCUUCUAUUACAAAAACCACAAGUUCUGGACCAUUGCUCUUUACAUGUCCCGAUGGAUACGAUCUGGUCGGGACAAACUGUUUGCAACUCUACACUACACCACUGACAUGGUCGGAUGCGAGGGAUCGAUGUCAUCUCAGUUCUUCGUUGCUACUUAUGAUUAAGACUCAACAGGAAGACCAAGAUUUCCGCGCCUACAUUCACCACCUGUACAACCGUACCUGGUUAGGACUUACAUGUACUAAAUCGGAUAAAACUUCUUGUAAAUGGGAUGAUUUACUACAAUGGCCAUUUCCAUAUUCUGCUUUUGCAGACGGAUCUCCAAAUGGUGGAUGUUUGUUCUACAAUGUGUCGGAUACAUUGGGUACCCCAUGGGUUGGAGGGUAUUGUGACCAAAAGUUGGUUUCCGUUUGUAUAACUAGCUCAACACCGGAAUCCAAAUGCAAAAAUAACUUCGAAAGCUAUUGUUACUACUAUUACAGUCAGGAAGCAAGUUUUUCAGAAGCCCAGGAUUUCUGUAAACUUCAUUGUGGGAAUCUGGUAUCUGUCUUAUCCGAAGAUGAAAAUAAUUUCCUGCUAUCGAUGGAUGAAAUCAAAAAUGACUCAAUUUAUCUAGGAGGAUUACUGGCUACGGAGAACAAAAUAAUGUGGGCAGAUGGGUCUAAAAUGUUAUACAAUAAUACGGUUGAGUAUAACAAACAAGAUUCGUGUCUAAUUAUGAAAAUGGGAAGUAAUGGAGGGAAUUGGACAUCUACAACGUGUUCCAAAACCUAUUCGUAUGUUUGUAAAGUUUCUGCUCGAGUCAGUUGUAGUGUCUAA